GAAGUUUUCUCGCAUUAGUCCAAGGAAGGCUGAGGAAGAAGCGACACAACCCCAUCCUUUCGGCUGUUUAAUGUGGAAAAAUGGGGGCCUGUAUGGCUUUGUGCUCCUUGGCCAGCUGCGCCUCCUGUCUGUGUGGCUCAGCGCCAUGCCUGCUGUGUGGUUGCUGUCCGUCCUCCAAUAGCUCCACCAUCACCCGUCUGGUUUUCUCUUUCUUUCUGCUUCUGGGAACUAUGGUAUCAGUCAUCAUGAUCCUGCCUGGAAUGGAAACACAACUCCGCAAAAUCCCAGGAUUUUGCCAGGGAGGAACGACCGUAUUUGGUAUUGAAAAUCAGGUCAAGUGUGAUGUCAUCGUGGGCUACAAAUCUGUGUAUCGCAUGUGCUUCGCCAUGGCCUGCUUCUUCUUUCUGUUUUCGAUGAUAAUGAUUCGUGUCCGAAACAGCCGAGACCCACGAGCCGCGAUUCAAAAUGGUUUCUGGUUCUUUAAAUUCCUCAUCCUGGUUGGGAUCACGGUCGGAGCAUUUUUCAUCCCAGAUGGAACCUUUCAUACCGUGUGGUUUUACUUCGGAGUCACCGGGUCCUUCAUCUUUAUUUUGAUUCAGCUUAUUCUCCUGAUAGACUUCGCCCAUUCCUGGAAUAAGAUCUGGGUUGGAAAUGCCGAAGAAACUCAGAACAAAUGCUGGUUUGCAGGGCUCCUGACUUUUACGUUGAUCAACUAUGCACUGGCUUUCUCCGCUGUGGUGCUUUUCUACAUUUACUACACACAGCCAGAUGAUUGCACUGAGCACAAAGCCUUCAUCAGCCUCAACCUCAUCUUCUGCAUCAUCAUUUCUGUUGUGUCCAUCCUACCAAAGAUACAGAAAGCUCAGCCACACUCUGGUCUCCUCCAGGCAUCACUCAUUUCCCUUUAUACCAUGUAUGUGACUUGGUCUGCAAUGACCAACAAUCCAAAUCGGAAAUGCAAUCCAAGUUUGUUGAGUCUGGUCACUCACGCCAACAUCACCCAGCCAUCUGUGGACACUAAUCCAGGACACGUGCAGUGGUGGGAUGCUCAAGGCAUCGUUGGUUUGAUCAUCUUUCUCUUCUGUACUCUCUAUGCCAGUAUCCGCUCAUCCAGCAAUGCUCAGGUUAACAAGCUGAUGCAGACGGAGGAGGGCACAGGGUCUUGUGGAGAGGGAGUUGUCGGGGAGGACGGCGUGUGCAGGGCUGUGGACAAUGAGGAGGAGAAAGUCACUUAUAGCUACUCCUUUUUCCACUUCCAUCUCUGCCUGGCUUCACUCUACAUUAUGAUGACGCUGACAAACUGGUACCAACCAGACACCACCACCAAUGCCAUGCAGAGCAUCAUGCCAGCCGUAUGGGUGAAGAUGUGCUCUAGCUGGCUGGGCCUCCUGCUCUACCUCUGGACCCUCAUUGCCCCUCUUAUCUUCCCUGACAGGGAUUUCAGCUAAGCACAUGGUGUCCUCAAGCUGUAUUUGUCCUGUUUGUUUUCCUCCUGGUAUAUCAGAAAUUUUAAAGGAUGCUAUAAAAUGAUCUAAAAAGGGUGAUAUGAAGACUUAAAGUAUCUUCUCUCUAAUUUAGUUUUUUUUUUCUCUUGCUGUCACUUUUUGUGUAAUUUUGUGUUAGUUUUUCCACUUUUAAUGUGGUUAACAGCAAUCUUUUAUUGUUGUGUUGAAGUUAAGUUUCUGCACUAUGAUUAACACUAAGCAACAAGGCACUUUCAGUACCUCAGAUAUCUCAUUUAUUGAUUUUCUAUAAAAAGUGAUUCUGAUCAGACAUCUAUAAUUAGACGGGUCCGGAAAACCCCUGGUUAUCUGUACAUGGGGGAAUUAGGGGAGCCCCGCUUAGGAGCCCCAUGGUAGGGGGAGUGGGACAGCUUGAUAACGCUAAUAAGGCACGCCCUGCAGAUCAAAUCAGGGCUUCCCUCGUGCAGCUCAGCUAUAUGCAUAGCCAUGUCACUACAUCUUAAGCUGGUGAGAGUGCUGGUCUGAUUGUAGAGCUUCCUCGUCUGCUCUAAUUUGAGACGGUUUAUUCCUGGUGCUAAGCUUCCUCCUCUGACAGAACUCAGGCUCAGGCAGCCACGGGCAACAACCUUUACCUUUAAUUGAAGUCUGUUGCAGCUGGGAAACCUUUAUUGAUCCGCAGCUAAUCAGCACCAUGCAGUGUGCCGAGCGUCGAUCCCAGAAGCUGCAGCGUUAGCUCAAUGCUACCACUAGUUUUUAUGAAUGACAUACGUUUGAGAAGAGGAGUUAGAGUUGUAGAUCUUUUGUGCAAACAAGGUACUGAAUUUCAAAAAUGAUGGAAUUGUUGUUAAAUCGUAUUGAAUGUCGUGGUGAUCUGAUGGUUGUAAUGCUGGUAUGAUACUUAUGCAUUAUGUAGUCACCUCAUUUCUAAUCUGAUUGAAAUACCGUAAGAAUUCAAAUCAGUCUAGUUUGCAGAUGUCAAAGCAGUUUUUAGUUUACGCCUACAUUUUAGUUCUUGUCUUACAGUAAUUAAAUCCAUUGUGAUGACUACCAAUGUGUAAUGUGAGAUGAGUUUAUUUUUUCUUCUACAGUUUUACAUUUCAUCCCUUUUUUUAGGGGUUUUAUUUUGGAUAAUUUGCCUUUUUUGAUUCAUAUGUCGUAUUUUAUACCAAAACGGUGCCUUUUGUGGUCCUGUAUUUCAGAAGGAAGAUGUGCUUAUAUGCCUUGCCUAAACAUUGUGGUGAGUCACUGCAUGUCUUCAGGCACGGGUCUGUCAUGUGAUUUAACACUGUAUUCAAUGCAUAGGAAAAAAAAUCACAUCUAAUAAAGGUACAGUUUUCUGCCUGUGCAGGUAAAGUGUGGUUUCUGUGCCCUGUCUGAUUAAAAGAAAUAAAAUAAAAACCUGCUGUAUUAACCUACAAAGACUUAUAAUAAAUUAAUAA